AGUGGACGACCAAGGCAAUUUAUUAAUAGCGCAAGUCAGAAGAGUACAUAAUGUAGUGUUUCUGUAACAGCAAUAGCUCUUGGAAACAGUUCCAUGUACAAGUAGUUUGCGUUCAAUGUUCCAGUACUGCAGUGGAUUUACAGGACUGGGUUUGUUAUCCCUGAAGGAAGGGUAGUGUUAUCGGCGAUUGGAUUAAAUUCCUAACUUUAUCUCUUCUCGUAAAUGUGUGACUUGAUUGGCCUGCAAAGAAGCUACCAGGAUGCUAUCUAAUAAAGAAGUAGACAUGCGUCGAUCUUCUGAAGAUUUCAUUGUAGAAUUAGACAGCAAGUUGCGCUGUGGUCGGCUAGGUUCGCAAUGUGAAGCAAUUGUCGGCUUGCCAGCGAUCUUCGACUCUCAUCCAUUUCCCACACUUGUCAAUGCAGUUUUUUUGAAGAUGGCAGAGUUCUUUCGCACUGGAAGCAACUUCCUGCGACUGUGCAUGGUCAAGGUCACCGAGUUAUGUUGUCACCACCUGAGCAAGAUCCACAGUGCGGACGAAGUUGUACGGCGAUUCUCCGCCACACUGCACAGUAAUGACCCGUUUGCUCGGGCCCUGGCAUUGCGUGAACUUGGUGUGCUAGCUCUGUUGACUGCUGAGCAGGUCACUGUACAACAAAGCGUCCGACAAGCACUAGAAGCACAUGAGAAAGUAGAGGUAGAUGCCGCCAUCUUUGCUGCUCGUUGCUUGUCAGCAUACAAUGCCGAGUUUGCCGGUAGUCUUGUGGAAAAGCUCCACAGUAGCAUCAAUGGCAUUUCAGUUUCACCAGAUAUGCAACUGAACUUGCUUCCUACGCUACAGUAUGUACGCACCCAGCGCGAGGCUGAAGAGGCAAAGGCCAUGUGUGUUCAGCUUCUCACGCAACAAUCUGGCAAAGCACAGGCAAUCGCUGCUGUCCGCGCUUUGUCACGAUUGGCGUGUGCAUACAUUGUGCAUAUCAGUGAUCAUGUCUCCAUCCUGCUCAGUGUGCUGGAGCACGAUGCCAGGCAGCAAGUUUGCCUUGCUGUUUUCUCUGCGUUGGAUGCCAUGGCGUGCCAAGCAGCACAUCUCUGGCAACCUGUUCAUAUUAAGGCUCUGUGGGAAUACCUAAGCCGCUCGUCCUCCACUUGCCUAUCGGGUGCAGCACUGAUUGUGUUGAACUCCUUGGCAUGGAGUGUUGUCGGUGACAGUGUUCUUGAUACUGAAACGUAUCCAAUCUGCCAAGGUCUGUGCUGCAGUAUUGAUUGCACAUUGGCGUCAUUGGCUUGCGGUGUUACCACCGGUGUAGCACUCGCCCUUGCGAAAGCAAGUCCAGGUGGCAAAGCAUCGGAGUGGGUGAUGGACGCUGUUUGCGCUGUCCAAACCACUCUGACUGUGGUGAGUGUGAUGCAAAGCGAUGAUCAACAGCAGUAUGUACGAGGCAUACAACUCGUACUUACCUGCUCUGUUAAGCUUGCCAAAUCCUAUCCAUCGUACAGCGGUGAUCUGUUGACUACACUCGUCAGCUGCUUUGAGUCAUUACAGCGUGAUUGGAUCCUGCUGUUCUGCCGUGGUGCCCAACGUAUCGUGUCCGUCAGUCCAGCCAAAACUGUGCAGGAUAUCAUACCACCAGUUGUUCCCUUACUUGUUGAACUGGCGGUAGGUAACAUUAGCUGUGCCGGUGGCAACGAUAUUGCCGUUGCUGUUGCAGAUCUCCUACUCUGCUGCGGCAAUGUGGACAACACGGCCAUGGAACGCAUUCUCUCACUCCUCGAGUCAAAGCAUUUGUCAUGGCCUCUGUUCUGUGUGGCAAGGUGUGCAGCGCAGCGUGGAGCCUUUGAACUAGCCAGUCGUCUUUUCAGUAGGCUGUCCACUGUUGUCUGUGACGAGCAACAUGUCCGCUGGUUGUCUGGGCUGGCCAAUCUAUGCAAAGCGGAAGCUGGUCUUUCUUCUGUGUGCAAGAAUCCCAACCAGUUGCUGGAAACUCUAUCUCAAUCCAACCGCUUCCUCUAUGAAGCUGCUGUGCACUUUAGCAUUGCGAAGGGCAGCAAUGGGAGAUCAGGAGCGGAACGGAUCGAGUUUGUCAGGCAGUACUGUCAUCUACGCUCCGAGAUGAUGAUGGGCAUACAGCAGGCACUAACCUGUGCCAACAGCAUGAGGAUGGCAGGAUCCAGCAAGGAUGGUAUUUGUGGUGAAAUGGAGCGCUGCGUUGCCAGCUUGCGCAUGGUCUCCAGUGGCUUUUCGGACCUAUAUCGCUCAGCGUUCAAUGCCGACCCGCAGUCGUUGGUGUGUCUACGUGCUGCAGCGCGUCUUUGUGACUUCCUGGUAGACUGUUGUAGCGUGCUGUAUUUGGAUACUGAGCUACGACGUGUACAGUCAUGUGUAAUGGAUGACAGGAUUGACGAUUUGCGCAGUGCACUCCUCCAGAAGCUGUCUGUCUCCCCGCGCGUCCUUUCCCAAGAGGAUUGCUUUGCCACAAUGCGCGACGUGUUAGUACAAUUGAUGUCCGCAUCUGUCCAGCUCCCGCCAUUUGUCUUCAAUGACUGCCAAGGAACUCGCAUCCAGGUGGCUAUCUGGCCAGCUCCAAAGGGCCAAGGGCAAGCAGAACAUAUUGCCCUCACGGCAAGGACUCAUCUGGCCUUGAGAGUGGAAGGUGCUCUGCACCAGGAGGGCUCAUCUGUCUACCGGCACGUUGAUAUGGUUCACAUUCGUGUUUCAUCUCUACACCAGUCCACUGUGGAAUCAUCCAAAUCGCUGUCACAAGCGCAGCCUGUUUCGACGUCGACUGCACCUCUGGUGAAGAGCUUGAAGCCACAGGGCGGCGCUUUCUCAUCAGAGUUUGUUCUGCACUUGGUGCCGGAUGUGAACGCUGUGCACGACGUUCAGAUCGAAGUGUCAGUCAGCGACCGCGAUGGGGCCGUGUGGACUACGGGUCCGUCAAAGAGUUUGCGAGUAAAGAUUGAUGAUCUAGCACCUGCUCAAGCAAUACGUGAGGCACAGUGAUGAGUUUCAGCAAUUGAACUGAGUAAGGAGGAAUAAUCGUAUGUGUGUACAAACAACAAGACACGCUCCUUGUCCACAUUUGAGUCUUUUUUUCUUGACGUAUACAGUCUUUGCAUGAGCGUGGUCUGUCUGUAGACCUUGCCUUGCCUUCUAGGUUACCUGCUAUAUGUAUGGCUAAAUGUUUCUCCCGCCGCACCUGCUACCCGCUUUUUUAUUUUUUUUAUUCUGCGAAUAUUUCUCUAGAAAUACGUGUUCAUGUGCUGGUUGCAUGCAGCAUUGGUCUUUUGUUCACAGUGGUUUUACUCUUGCCCUUGUAAUUACACUUUUGUUAAGCAUGUAGAAGCUUCUGGACAAGUUUUGUAAUGGCUGCAUGCACUAUUCUAAAUGGAUCGAGUAUUGCA